AUGGCCGCGAAAGACCUCGAACUAACCCUUGAUGGCGUGCCUAUCGAGUAUCCGGCUCUAGUGAAAGAAGCUUUUUUGAACAGUGAGUCCACUCAUUAAUGGAACAAACUUCUCAUGGUGUUAAGAUUGGCAUGCUUCAGCUCAUAAAACAGAAGUCACAUCAAAUUGCGCUUCGCUCAAUGACAAAUACUGCUGGGUUCUCUCUCGAAAUCAGAUGUUCAUUUGGCCCAGAGUAAAAGUGGUAUUUAUAUCGUCUUGAAAAACAAAUGGAAACGUUCUUGCAGGCAUCCUCGCACCGCGCAUCCAUCCCCACUCAGCUUCCUCUUCCGACAAGUGGCCUUCCUCGAUCAGUAAAAUGUGUCGUCGUCUACGAUGGAGUUUAUCGCGGAGCUAACAAAACACAAUCACCCGGAGUGCUCGUCGUGUCUCCUGAAGGAGUUCUCCGUCACUGGACGUCCAUAACCUCGCAGAAUUACGAUGAGAAGGUGCUCGAUAUCAACAGUGAGGUCGCUCUCCGAGUGGAGAUGGUCGACGAACCGGCUGAUGGAAAGUCCGCGUCUUUCUUGCUCACAACCACUUCCGGAACUGUUUAUUUCUUGAAUGGAGUGGGCUCUGAUUCCGGAAAAACUGGAGCGUUAGCUGCUCAUAGGGUGAUUGGACGAGAGGCUCACGGCUUCAGAAGACGUCUCUCCUCGAUAGUAUUCGGCGGAGCUUCAAAGGAAUCCACUUCGCUCGUCACCAACAGUUUCCUUCAUCAAUCGAGAGAUCUUCUCGUCGUUGCAGUGUCUGCGGAUGUGCUGACCGUUUACAAUAUGCUCACGCCAGGCGAAGUGUGGUCCCUAAAAACGAAAGAGUUCUUCCAACCGAAAGUUUCCGACCUCUUCGAAUCAGAGUUGAAGAAAGCGCCGUUGCUGGUGCGAGCUCGAUUGAUUGACGCGGCUAUCUUCCGAAAAGGAUUAAUGGUUCUGAUGGGCGGCACGCAUCAAGAAUCCAACUCAACCCACUUGUUCAUGAUGUGGUUUGGACCGACGUGGCAGACUGAGACGCCGAAGGAGCCACAGUGGGGAGCGAGAAUCUCGAUGUCCGACUACAAGCCCCUUUUCGUGAAGAACGACGAAUCGAUAUUUUCUAGUUUGACUCUUUGUAUCUCCGAAAACACUGCACACGCAAAAACAGCCGAUCGGACGGACGGAAUCAUCAUUCUCAAUCCAUUUUUUGGUUAGUUUCACAACAUUGUUUGUCAUUUUCAGAGGUUUUUUCAGCUGCUUCUGUAUACAUUCCGUUUGCACUCGAUAAGCCGAGGAAGAAAUCGGACGUCUUUUGGGUGAAACACCUGAGCCUGCCCUCUGGCGAUCAGCUCAUCGGGCAUUCCAUCUGUAAGCAGUACGUGUACGUGAUGCUUCUCGACGGAGGAGUCUCGACAGUCCGUCUUCUUCCGCGCGGAUUCUCGGAUGGAUCUCUUCUGUACAAUCAGGAACAAGUGGUCGUGCCGUCGGCGGCUGCAGGGACGGAGGAUUGGGCAGUUUUGAGCGAGUUGCUCUCCGAAAUGGUCGCAUCUGGACUGCCAAAGACGCCAAUGGUUCAUGCGUUGCACAGGUCGUUCGAGCUGUUCGGGGACAAAGAUAUGGUUAAGUCGGCACAGGAGUUGCAGCCACUCGUCAAGAUGGCCGACCAGGAAAUGGCGAAGAGCAUUCAGCAGUUCAUGUACGCGAUAAUUGAUUACUCGGAUGCUGCGAACAAAACAGACACGGAGCUCCACGCGAAGAGGGUGCUCACUUCCCGAAUGAUUCUCUUCCUGAGCCACAUGGGUCUCUACGACCGACUCAUUCUCUCUCCACUUAUUCACACCAGGAACGGUGUCCCCGUUCUACAAACGGGAGCAGCUAUGUUGGGAGAGAUGUCCGAACGAGUCGCUACCACAACAGCCGUCUGGACGUGGCGAAAUACGAACGAAACGAACGCGGCAAUAUUUGACGCCGUUAUCGAGAAGGUGCUCCGAGUGCCAGAAGUACAGGAACUCGGGCUCAAAGACAAGGAUGCUCUGUUCGGACGGUGUGGUCUCGUCCACCACAUUCCACUCAUUGCGGCCAAACAACUCGACGUGGCGGUGAUCGGAAAGGCGAAAGGACACAAGUUCGAAGUGUUCCACUCGAUUUGCGAACUGCUUGUCGGCAUCAAAGAUUCGAUUACCAGCUACAGAGGGUAUUCGAUUGACAUCCGAUAAGUGGUGGUAAUUUCUGAAAAAGUUUCAGCAUGAAAGUGUCGGUUCCGAAGACCUCGGUCGGAUGGUGGACAUGGGACAUGUUCGUCCCUUGCUAUCGAGAUGUUGCUCAGAGAAUCGUAGAAGAGCUUAGAGAGGGAACCCUGUCGGACAGCGAACGGACUCGAAUGGUACUUUACAUUCUCAGGUAUCAGUAUCUAUUUUUUCUUUAUUCAAAUUGUCUAUUUUCAGUGUCUAUGACUUUUACUUGAGUGAAAGUGAGGAGCAACCAGAUUGCGACAAGAUUCUCCAAGAUUUGAUCGGCCUCGGAAAGCCUUCCGAUGCGAUGGAACUGGCCGAGAGACACCGGGACUUCGGCACACUUGUCAAAAGUUAUUUAACGACGGACAUGGACGUCAGGCAGAAGACAUUCGACAGAUACAAGAAAAUGUUCGAGCACUACGACUUUGAAAUGUAUUUGUGCGAGUAUCUGAAGAAGCACGGGAAGAAUGACAUCCUUCUGCAGCAGAGAGGAAAACGAGUGGACGACUAUCUGGACAGCUUCAAGGAGCUCCGCUACUCGAGAGAAAUCGCCAACAAACAGUACGGGAAGGCGGCGCACACUCUGAUGAGUCUGGCGGACACGGAGUCAAAGAGCUUCGCUAAAUUCACCGAGUAUCUGACACGUGCUUAUUAUUGUGCAUCUGUGACACUCAAGACCGAAGGAGUGGACGUUUCCGAAGUGCUCGACUUCUACAAGAGACGAUAUCCCGAGAUGAAGCACAGAAAGAGGAUUCCGAUUGAAAUACUCAGAACUGGGUACGGCAACGAGUUGGAUGUGAUGAUGUCUGUGGAAGAGAUGCUCGAAUGGAAUAUGGCCAAUCAGCCGAAUGACGAGGCCACGAUCGAAGGGUUCGCACGGGCUUUCCAGUUGCUGGCAGAUCUGAUGGCGGCUCACGAACCAUCAGCCGAAUUGAGAGAGAAAGUGAACAAGAUGUGGAAAGCGCUUAUAGAUUACGACGAGUGGAACAGGAUAAAAUCGAAGGAAGACGUGGAAAAGAAGACAAUAUUCGGAAAGUUCUGCGACUACCUCAUUAACAGCCACGCAACACUCAGUAAGUUCUGAGACUUGGAGUCCAGGACAAUCUGGAUAAAUCGGACAAGUCCCAUUCUUUCAGAAGGAGAUUCGUUUCCCGAUUGGACUCCACUCUCGCGUAUGCUGAUCCUUCCGUCCGACAUCGAAUCGAUCGUGGAAGACACAGAUGCAAAUACCACCGGAAACCAAACUUCCUGGAUCAAGGGAAACGUGAAGUGGGUUGAACAGCAGCUCGAGAGACAAGAGGCAAUGCCCAAAGCGGCCUUCUUCCGUCCCGACACAACGUAUGUCGGAUCGAUCUCUCUGGCGGUUCUCGAAGGAUUCGGGCCGAUUCUGGAGCGGCGGGAGCAGCGAUACAUCGAGAAACGCAAGAAGCCGUUCGCACUUUAA